UGACGCCCUGAGAUUCUUACAUCAUAGCUUUAACAUAACAUAACGUAACAUAACAUAAUACUAUUUUAUUAUGAAGAGAACUUGAUUGCUUUAGGAUUGAUAGAAUUUGGUACAGUGCGGACAGAAUUCUGAGCAAAAAAGCAAUGAGGUUGUGCAAUGAGGUUGAAGUGAUGAGGCUAAAAAACUUAAGUUUAUUUUACAUGUUUUUCCCUUUGGAAAACUGUUCUGAAACUGGAGAGCCCUGGACGUCAUUAAACUGAGGACAUGAAAUACUAUAGAUAACUUCAUAACAUUCUAUUGCUCGAUGCCAAAAAUACUGAGGGAAGCUUUUUCAUUCAUCUAAAGCAGAGAGCAACAGAUGAAGAAAUCCAGAUUGUCUUUGUUCAGGCCUGUGUUGAAGAUUGUAGUUUCAAGAAAGAGUACCCUCAGCGAUAUUCUUAUUUCAACUUCUUAAGCAGACAGGAAACUGUCAACAUAACUCACAAAUAGGUUCGCUGGGCAAAUCCCAUAGAGAAUUAGACUGGUUAAAUAAUUUUGAAGGCUUUCGUCAGAGAUACGUGACUGAUGAAGAACUUCGAAGCCAACCUCGUUACCAAAGAUAAUCCAUUUUCUAAAGUCGAAUACCAUGAAACAAAGUCAACAAUGCCUUACAAAAUAAUUUGAGCAUCCUCAUAAUCUUAUUUACUCAGUUUCUCCUCUUAACAGCACCUUACAAAAUUUUAGAAUCCGACUAAAAAAUGACGACAAUUAUUGAAAAGAUUACUCUAAGUUAUGAUUAAUUAGGCCAUUAAAGAAUGCGACUGGUCGGCCACUGCUAGAAAGAUGAAGCAAGAAGCUUCAAUCCCGGACAAAGAAGCUUCAAUCCUUCUCAAGAAAACUAAAUGUUUUCUUUUUUUUUGAAAAAUAGCCUCCCCUCUUCCCCAAUUCAAUGUUGAAUGCAUGAUUUUGAAACAAAAAUUGCUUCGGUGGGAAAGGGGAGGGCUUGAAUUUUCAAGGGCAAGGUAAAGUAGAAAAUUACAAAAUUACAAAUUGCUUCGGUGGGAAAGGGGAGGGCUCGAAUUUUCAAAGGUAAAGUAGAAAAUUACAAAAAAUGCAUUUUGUCUCAACAUUUUUGUCUGGGAUUGUUGAUGCUGAUCUCCUUGAUGCUGUUCACGGGAGAAGGGAAAUAUAAAUAUCAAAGAGAAUCUUUAUAUAUCAACGGGGACCGAGAAAGUAGACAUAAAUCGAGUCCUAAAAUGUGACGUCGUUGCAUAUCUUUCAAGAACACCGUAAAAUAGCUUUGAAAAUGGGUGUCAUGACGCCAGCAAAAGAAGUUUUACUGUUGCUUUGGUUUGGUUCAAAGUUAUGAACAGGGAUCAAAUGAUAAUGAAUUGAUGUGAAAGGGCCUGUACUUACGUGGCCAUAUGUCAGACAACUACGAGCACAUUUAGCUGAUUUCACAUAUCUAGAAAAUUCAAAAUUCAGAAAAUCUAAAAAUAGAUUUUGCGAAGUCAACACUUAAGAACUUUGCUAGAUUAGAAAAAUGGAAGACUCUUGGCCUGCAAUGUCAUUUUCGAGCCAAAAAUCACUAACAAUGUACGCAGAAUGCUUUACCAUCAUCGCUGAAAAUUGGCCAUUGUUUCUACUAAAAUGCUUGUCCUUGAAAAAACGCAUAGUCUAUGUUUAAAAGUGUGUUGUAAGCAAAUUACCUAAAUUUGAAAUGAAGGAUGAGCAAAAGACAUAGAUAUAAGUGUUUUCUGUAAUGAUCAUGACUUUUAUUCGAUUUAAUUUUAUUUUAAGUAAAUUAUUAUCAGAAAAAUAUCAGUAAAAGUAAAUACAGAACUCGGCACACAAACAACCUAUUUACCUCUUUCACUUCUGUGUAUGCAACUUUAAAGCGGGGUUAUUGAAGCGGAAUGGCUGAGAGGCGUCAGCACGCCAGCUCAUCCAUAAUUCUUAAAACGUAUUUCUGGUCAUUCACUGAAUCGUUUUACUCUUGGUUCUAAGCAAGCUUGAUUUUAUUUCAAUUAUUUCAAUUGAAUAAGCAUGGUAGCCCAUUCAGCAGUGCUCGUUUGAAGGUGUCAUGGUUACAACGCUUAACAAAUUUUAGGCCAGUAGAACCUUAUAUUGCCAGUCGACUUGAUAUGUCUAAAGCAGCCAUGCCAUGUAGUUAUCUUCAGAGGUCCAGCACAAUUUUCAUCAUCGAGCUAAAGCAAUGCUUGUAUUUAAUUUGAAAGGUUCCUUCUCACAGAUGUUAACGAUAGAUUACAUAAAGUUAUAAGAUUUCUUCAUGAAACGUCGAUGAUUUUGGGCAAAAUGUUAGCCAUCUAUGUCUGGAAACGAGGAGCAAACUAAACAUUAAUCAUUCCCAUUAAGACAAUUGCUGCUUUGCUGUCUGAAGUAAAAUUAACGAGACUACACAUGUCAGUAUGUUUUCAAGAUGACUAAUUGCUGCAACAGACAGUCAAUACAAUUGCAAAACCAUAACAGUAUUUCAAAGAAAAAGAAGUUUGUCAAAAAUCGAUGUAAGAUAAUUAGUUGAUGUCGUUAAUCCCAACUAAAUCAUUCCUGCUAUGAAAUAGUUUUUCACUUUCUACAGCUGUAUUAAGUUGAUAAUUAAUUUUCCUCUCUAAUAUUUUAGCUCUUUUCUGAGCAGUACUUUCUUAUUCAUGAUCAAAGGGAUCUUCAUACCUUAAUGCUAUAGACUUGAAAAAUCAAGCACAAAUUAGAGAAACAUACCUGUUUGUUAAUGAUAUGCCAGAUUGCAGGUGUAUGUAAUCAGACAUAAAAAUUGCAUUGCCAACCUCUGAUUAAUUAGACCGUCAAGGGAUGUAUUUUUUGUCUCGGUGUUCUGGGAGCUGAUCAACAAGAGUACUGUUUCAAAGUUUGCACCUUCAUGUGGGUAGAUCGAGGCAAUCUUCAGGGAAUUUCCAAAGCGUCAAAAAGCAACAGCAGAAGUUAGCACCAAAAAGAAGAGCCAAGAAGUGAUCCAGCUUGGAAACGAGGCUCUAAGGAUUGCAUGGUCAAGUGACGCAGUAUCAUUACGGUGCGACUCUGUUAUUAAUCGCGGGCAAAGUGACCUCAGUCAUCCCCAGUGCUGAAUUUCUUAAAUGAGCAUAUUGUCAACAGUGUAAUGUCAUGUAAAGGGAAGGUUUAUUCGUGACUUCUUUACAUCAACAAGAAUGCUAUAAUGUAUGGGCCUCUACGAAGAAUAUCAUUGAUGCUGGCAACUUUCUAUCUAUUAAGGUUGGAGUAUACAGUCGCAGAUUCGCGGUACGGAAUAUGCAAUCAAAGCAAAAACUUGGAAGAGGAUCCCAACUGUAUUUUGCAAAAGUUACUUCAAGGCUAUGAUAAGCGCCUGAGACCAAAUUUUCCAGGCCCACCUGUAGUUCUUCGUGUGGAAUUUCUUCUUUCCAAUAUAUUUGAUAUUUCAGAGGUUAAGAACGAAUUUGGAGUUGAGAUGUACUUUCGACAGUUCUGGAAUGACCCACGGCUGCAGCUCUCUAGAUUCAAUUUCUCAAAGCCAUUGUUUCUUAACUCUGAAACAAUAAAUGAACUCUGGAUUCCCAGUACAUAUUUUGUCAAGUCAAAGAGAGCUUAUCGUCAUCACAUCACUAAAGACAAUGUAUUACUCCGGAUAAGGCCGAACGGUGAUAUUUUCUACAGCCAAAGGCUCUCAGUGAGUACAUCAUGCAUAAUGAACCUUCGCUACUUUCCACACGACACACAAGUCUGCAGACUACUGGUUGAAAGUUAUGCAUAUCAAUCGAUAGACAUUGUCUAUAAUUGGGGAGAAAUAAUGAAAGGCUCCUUCAACAAUAUCCAAAAUGCUGUAUUUGACAUUCCUUCGUUUGUGGUCAAAAGUGUACGUCUAUCUAAAGGCACAAAUAGAUACUCAAUUGGAAAUCAUUCUUACCUUUCGGCCACUUUCACAUUUCAAAGACGGGUUGGAUACUUUCUAAUCGAGACUUACAUACCAUCAGGCAUUACUGUCGUCAUUUCAUGGGUCUCGUUUUGGAUCCCAGCUGAGUCGGCACCAGCAAGAGUCUCACUUGGUAUAACAACAGUUCUCACAAUGACAACCAUAAGCAGUGCAACAAGGCAGUCACUGCCCAAGGUGUCCUACGUCAAAGUGGUUGAUUGGUUUCUGUUGGUUUGCCUCGUGUUCGUCUUUGCUGCGUUGUUGGAGUAUGCUUUUGUUGUCUAUUAUCACUCAAGGCUUCGAGACAAAGAUGAGAUUCUAUAUCAACUAAGAAAACUGAAAACGGAUAAAGGUAACUGUCACCACACAACUGGCAUGAAGCUGCACGUUGAAGAUGACAGUACUGACGAUAGCUCGAAAGAUAAAUAUUCUGAGCGUACCAGAAAUGGCACCCAUGCUGGAUGGCAAUUCGGAAAUAGCAAUCACAUGAAGAAAAAAUCAGCAAAGGAGAUUCCAGUGAAAUUGCUUAGCGACGUCAUGGUCCUGCCAACAAAAAUCGACCAAAUCGCAAGAAAAGGAUUUCCAAUAGCUUUCUCUUUGUUUCUUUGUCUAUAUUGUGUAAACCUGACAAUGGCAUCAAAAUAGACAAUUCAUUUUAAAGAAAAUCGAUAUACGGAAAUCUAUUCAAUAACUCCUAAAUCAUAAAAAAGCUUUUAUGAAUAAACCUAGUUAAAUUCUCAGUUGCGAAGAGUAUUAAAAACAAAGACCUUAGGGUCAUCAAUAUAAAAGAAAAGCUGAUAAAAAAAUAUUCAACCAUUAGUUUGAGCAUCAGAUUCGAAAUGAAAGAAUAAUAGCAAUUCUAUCUAUUUCAAAAGCCCACAAAUUCAUUUCAAGCAGGCUUUCAAUCAUUUUGAGAAAUUUAAACCUCUGUAGGUAAUCCUAUUUUAAAAAUUGUAAUACACAAAUCCUUCGAUGAUUUGCUUCACGCUACCUAGAAGACCUUUUGAUUCUCAUUUCUCAGUGCCUUACAGAAUUCUAAGAAAUCCAAAAAGUGAUCUCAAGUUGCCAUUAAAAAAAACAACCAAGGGACAAAAAGAUAUUUUCCGAAGAGCCAAAAUAUGGAAGGCCUUUUUCUCUUUUAAGAAGUAUCGAAGGGAUUUGCUUGAAUUUCAACUUUUAUAGCAAAUGUUUUUGUUUGAAAGUUAAGUUUUUGUUGUAAAUGGUCAGUCUCUUGCUAAUCAGCAUCGUUGAAUGGGUCACCGCCCUAAACAAUGUGAAAUUAUUACUGUUAUCAAAUAUUGUUAUUAUAAUCAUUCUAAAAGACCAACUGAAAAAAUGUCUUUACAACUGAAAAAGUAUUGCUCCUAAAAUUUUUUCUAUAUGUCUGAAAGACUUUAAUGAACUUGGCUAUAGGUCUCCUUAUGGCCUAUGCAUAUUUACCUCUAAAGGCUAGUCUAGAAUCGUAUGAUAGUGUUCAGUUGUUUAAAUUCCCGGAAGACGCGGGCGUACUUGAAGAGCAGUCAUAAAGCAUCUAUAUGGCACAUAACAUCUUAGUUUUGCACGCCAUGACUCCACAACGUAUUCGUUAACAUUAUGUUUCUAUAAAAUUACAAGAUUAGCAAAAUGCACUGCAUUUUGAGAAAAAUCAUAUUAUUAUAAGUAGAAUUUGAGGUUACUUAUAAAGUGAUAAUACAAUAGAAAACACAUUUAAAUGAUAUUGUAAACAUCUGCGCGGAGAAGUUUAAAUGCCAGUGACUUAAUGUAAAUAAUAAAAAAUUUCAUUUCCCGAGUUCAUCACUUAUAGGUUUCAAGUUUCUAUUGCAUUUUUUUUACACUAAUUCGUGUUAUAUAUUGUUUUUAAUAAAGAGUUUUGAAAAAAGCAAACGUGUUACGACGCUAUGAUGUCUUUUUCUAACAUUCUUUAGAGUAUAAAGCUAGAGAACAUGUACCCGAUUGUGGAUAGAAGUAGGCCAAUAAAAAACGCAGACACGUGACAAUAGAGAUUACCCAAUCGCUGGCCUAUUGAAAAUACUACCGUUGGUUUCCAAGGAUGAAAAAGAAACCAUUCUAUCUUCACAAAUGUGGUUUUUGCCUUGUGUACAUGGAUUCUAAAACCAGCCUGUAAAUAUCAUCCAAAAUUUUAAUUUCGAUCCUUUAUUCUGACAUUUUUCACUCAAAGGAUUGUAUUAAAAUGUUUGCUUUUUCAAAGCCAACUUAAAAUUUUGUACUGCAAAAAGAUAUUCGUAUCAUGCCUUUUAUUAUAAUUAAUUUCAUGAUAAACACGUCCAAUAACUAAAGGUAUCAAAUAUCGUAAUUUUUGAAUCAUAAGAACAAAUCUAUGUCAUAGCAUAUCUAAGCUUGAUUGGACAAUUUAGAAGAGUUUUAGCCUUGAAAACUAGAAUACAUUAUUUCAGCAGUUAGAAAUUCGGCUUUUUGCAUUCUGUUACUAUUAAUUCAGGCUCGAAUUCAUUUGGUAAAACUUGUAUGCAUAUUAAAGGGUGCAAAUUGGAUUUAAGUUGCAUUACUUUUUAAAAUCGCAGAUUUUGUAGGGAUUCAUUUUAUUAUGUGCAAACAAAAUUUAACGAAUAGCAUGCGAUGUUAUGUGCAUCAAAACAAACGAUCCCGACUUGAGCCCGACAAAACAUUUCCUACUUGUUUUUGGCCCGGCCACCAAAAGACUUACUCUUUCUCAACCUUUGCCAGAAGCCCUACCCUCAGUUUUGGAAUCAUUUAGUAUCGGGUCAUUAUCAUACAAGACAGGCUACAUGAACAACGUUCGAAUCUGAUACACUCUGUGUCGUAUUUUGGAGCAAAAUUAAUCUGCUUUGAAUCCGUCGGAAUACCUUUGAGCUGCUGUGAAUGCUUGAAUGGGAUCAGCUGUUGCUUUGGAACAUUUCUUUGAGUGCCAGAUUUUGCGAGGCAGGCAGUGCGGAGCUUAGCGUUGCCGUGUAGAUGCAAUAAAAUAAUGCUAAAACUGAAUCCUGUAUAGUCUGAACAGUCGCAAUAUUUGCAUUGGAUUGGGUCAGUUGAUCCGUUAAGCAGUGCAUCUGGCAAAGUGUUAGCAGUGUCUAAAUAUGACAGUGGUUCGAGUUUGACUUUUUUCCAAGUAGCGAAGAGAAAAUCUCGAAAUCAGUAACACACAUGAUUUAUAUAAGAACAGAGUUUAUAAGAACGCAAACUUUGAAAAUAGUAAAAAUUAAGAUCAUCUUAAACGAGAACUGACACGCAAAAAUAAGUUUGGCUAAAACGGUAGUUUGUGACAAGCAAAUGCCGGGAUCGAAAUUUUUUUUUGAAUCACAGUUACCGUUUUUGAAAUACAGGCGUUUUAAGUUGAGAAACGACAAUUGUUCCGACUACUUGAGACUCGAGGCGAAAAUCGUCACGAGUGGGCGAUCAUCUUCAACGUCACAAGUAACAUGUUCUCAGGACAUAUUGUGUUUUUCUAUAGAGAAACACAAGAAAAUUCUGCGGUCAAAUGUUUAUUUUGUGCGUGUGAAAGGAGCUAAUUUUGCAUUUUUGACAUAUAAUUGACUUUUUCAUUGGUGUAGGACUCUGAUUUGGAGUUUUAUUACACUGAUUUC